AUGCCGACAGACCCUUACUUUGUUUGGAAUGUAACAAGCUGGAGUAUGGGAGCUCAUGAUCAUGACCCGAGAAAUAAGCACCCUAUGUUCCACACCAAACUUAUCGUCUACCCAGGAUACAAACAUGGAUUGGAUUCCAGCCAUGCAAGUUUGGUCUACUACCCCUUCGACAGUUAUCAGUCUCAGAUAAUCGCAUUUGCUCAAGACGCAACAACGAACAAGUCCGUACCGCUAGUCCUUAAUUCAGCCACUGCACUUUUCCCAACUUCUUCGAGUGGCUUCAAGAUUAAAACUGACAAUUUAAGUGAAAAACCCGACUACUUGAAGGACAUGAAACCCGGACACAGAGUCAUCAAUGUCCUUGUAACCAUUGAAUGCAGUGCUCUUGUUAUCGUAUAUUGUCUUGUUAUCACCUUCACGUUUUGGCUGGUAACGCUCAUGAGCUCCCUCAUAAUGAUCGCAACCGUGGUCUUUGGCUUCCGACAGCGGAAUGAGAUCGUUGUGAUCCCUGCCGGCACCGUAUUUGCCUUUACCCAACUACGAUCCUCAAUGCCUGGAGCUACCGAAGGAUUGGGCGAUAUCCUGGAUUUUGCUGGGAUAUUACCGUGCCUGAUCCUUCUAUCGAUUUCCGCCGUAACUAUGGUUGGCAUCUACUUAUUCGCUGACCCGGAUCAUCCGUCCCGUAGGUCCUUCACUUGGAGUGAAUUAGAGAAUGCCUUGCAUCAUUAUAUCCAGCCCAUUUGGAUUACUGCCCAAGAAUGGGUACGGCGUGCUCGUUUUCGCAUUAUGACAGCGGGACGGAUUCUGAGGGCACCUCACAAUGUUGAGAUUCUCUUGACAGAUAUUGCUCACGAAAAUCAGGCUUGAGCGUCAAUGCGCUGUAGGGAUGGACCUAUGAAGAAUGUAUGAAGUAGAUACUAAAACCUUGAACAGUUUGAGAACAUAUCUUCCGUGCAAUAAAGUUGCUCACACUCUUCUUCGAGUAGCC